AUGGUGUCCUAUCUGACAUGCCUUCUCGUUGUCGUGGCUUGUUUUGUACAUUCAGCACUGGGCGGCUCAAUAGUCUGUGGUGGCGGAGACAUGUGUAUGAACUGUCCACCCGGGCAGAAGCUGGUCUUGGGCUCGGCCAUUUUCGGGCGCAAACAGGGAGCUUCCAUUUGUCCCUCUCAGCAAAUUUUCAACACAAACUGCAUGUCGACAACCUCCACCGAAAAGGCCAAGAGUGUGUGUGAUGGGAAAAGCCUGUGUUGUCUCAAUGCCAACAUAAUCGUAUUUGAAGACCCUAGUCCCGGCACAUACAAAUACCUGGAGGUCGACUUCGCCUGUUUCUCUAUUUUACCUUAG